GGCUUCCUGUUCGUAUGUGGGCUGGCUGAGCAGUGUGGCUUUGAGCCAUUUUGCAUAACAUCGCGACUCGCGAGCCAAAAAAAUUUAAUCGAAAUCGCGUGUGGCUGUGCAAGUCUUCCAUGCUCCUGCGCCGUUUUGCGUCAACUUCGACGUUGCCGCCAACGAUCCGACAGCUACUGUCUUCCCUGCAAGGGACUGGUCAGGAAGCUAAAGUACAAUUGAGUGGUUGGAUCAAAUCCGUACGAAGACAGAAAAAUGUCACUUUCGUGGUGAUUAACGAUGGAAGUUGUGCUUCCGGCCUGCAGGCAGUCUUAAAGCCAGAUGUUACCCCCCACAACUUAACUAAUGGUGCUAGUGUCCGCAUUUGUGGCAAUCUAGUCCAGAGUUUAGGCCGCGGACAAUCAUAUGAACUACAGGUCGACGCGGUUGAUGUCUUGGGCGAAUGUAAUCCGGAGGCCUACCCUAUCCAGAAGCAAGCCUUACCCGUGGAAUUUCUAAGAGACAAUGCUCAUCUCAGAGCCCGAACGGAUAUCAAUGCUGCUAUGCUCCGUCUACGGGCCUCCGCCCUCCGGACGCUUCAUACUUACUUUGAGGCCCAAGACUUCCACUACGUGCACACGCCCAUUUUGACUUCAAACGAUUGCGAGGGUGGUGGCGAAACGUUUCGUGUCUCACCUGCUUCUUCCGCCAUUUCCCCAGGACAAUUGCCCGAUCCGAGUGCCCAAGCCGAGUUUUUUUCACAGCCGGCAUAUCUUACUGUGUCUUCGCAGCUUCACCUGGAGGCCCUUGCAGCUUCUUUGUCUCGGGUCUACACACUGUCUCCUUGCUUUCGGGCAGAGCGUUCUCAGACGAAUAGGCACCUCGCGGAAUUCUGGAUGCUCGAAGCAGAAUGGGCGUUUAUUCACCACGUCGGGGAUGUAUGUCAUGUGGUUGAAGAGUCUCUCAAAAAUAUCCUCGUUCAGUGUCAAUCAGAAAACCCACUCUUUUGGAAAGAUGGCGACGAGGCAAAACUCAAAUCUCUGGAAGAUGCAUCGCGCCCAGGGCUCUCCUGGACACGCAUGACAUACACUGAUGCUGUAAAGGAGUUGGAGAAAUACCAUGCUUCUUCUCGAGUUGGAUUCGAAUUCGAGCCCGCGUGGGGCAGAGCACUGCAAAGCGAACAUGAGCGCUGGCUUUCGGAACGACUUGUCGGCGGUCCUGUGUUUGUCACAGACUACCCAACAUCCCUGAAACCAUUCUAUAUGCGAGCUAAUGAUGAUGGACAGACCGUAGCGUGCUUUGAUCUUCUGGUUCCCUUCAUCGGCGAGCUCGUGGGUGGGUCGCUCAGGGAAGAGAGGUCCUCACAUUUGGUCGAGGCUAUACAGAGGCAUGGGCUUAAUGAGGAAGAAUAUAGAUGGUACGUGGAUUUGAGGAAGUAUGGGAGCGCGCCUCAUGGGGGCUAUGGGCUGGGGUUCGAACGGCUCAUUAGCUGGAUGAGCGGGAUUGAGAAUGUGCGGGAGUGUAUCGCGAUGCCGAGGUGGGCAAAACGGAUGUUGUUGUGAUGUAGUACCCUCGUCAGCUGCUCUCGAUUAGUGUAAAACUUCCGAAUCGAUUUGGGCUCUGCUCCGAAGUCUUGUGGA